UAUUUUGGGGGUCAGAGGAUUGCAGUUCAAUGGGAUGAUGUUGACAAGUUGUCCUUCUUCGAACUCAUGGAUAUCUACAAGCAAGCUGGUGGCAAAUCAUCAGUUGUGGAUAUUUAUUCACAUAAGCCUGGGAAGACCCUAAAGACAGGAAAGUUAAUGAAGAUAGAAUCUGAUAAAGAUAUCCUUAAGUUGGUGAAGAAAUAUGAAGGGAUUUAUGUGAUUCCACUAUAUUUUGAGGACUUACAAGGACCUGUACAAAAGAUGGACAGUGAUGGGAACAUCAUUGCUUCACAAGAAGAGAUACCUCUUCUUGAGUAUCCCUAUACUCAAGAGAGCUUUAUAGAUGAGGAUAAUGAAGAGACCACAGAAGCCAUAGCAGAACCAAGCUAUAUGGGUGAACAUGCAGAUAGUUUGCCAAGAACAGGAGCAUGUGCACAAGAUGGCCAAGAACAUGGGAUGUCUCUUCAGUUUGAAGCACAACAGGGACCAUGG